AUGUCCGUUCCAUUAGCAAGAAUACGAAGCCGCUGGCGGCCUUGCACCAAAAUAAUCACGAGAAACUACGCCGUGCAGACACCAGGACGACCAUCUCUCGAAGUCUUCAACCGAGCUGCAAAGCGCAUUCAAAAAGACCGCGCUGGCAGCAAUGUCGAGCAAAGCCGCAAUGUGGACUACCUCAAAGACGAGGUAGCUUUGCGAUUAUGCGACAGAUUGUUGGACAUCAAGAGAACAUUCCCUACAGUGCUCGACCUCGGCGCAAAUAGCUGUAAUAUUGCACGCGCCUUGACCGUUCCCUACGAAGACCCGGCCGAAACAGAGCCAUUGCAACCUAUAUCGAGUCGUAUUGGAAAUAUCAAAUGCGUCGACACGUCACAAGCCCUGCUAUACCGCGACGAGGAUCUCGAGUUCAACAAGGAACUGUCGCUUCAACGCGAAGUGAUCCGGGACCUGGAAUACCUACCUUACGAGCCCAAUACCUUCGAUCUCGUCCUGUCCUCGCUCUCGAUCCACUGGAUCAACGACCUUCCGUCAUUGCUGGCGCAAGUAAACUCCAUUCUCAAACCGGACAGCCCCUUCAUCGCCGCCAUGUUCGGUGGUGACACCCUCUUCGAGCUGCGGUCGUCGCUGCAGCUGGCAAACAUGGAGCGCCGCGGAGGCGUGAUUCCGCACAUAUCGCCUCUGGCUGAUGUGAAGGACAUUGGCGGGCUGCUGACAAAGGCCGGGUUCAAGAUGCUCACUGUGGAUGUCGAGGAUAUCGUGGUCGAUUUCCCAAGCACGUUUGCGUUGAUGGAGGACCUGCAGGCCAUGGGCGAGAGUAAUGCUACAUUGCAGCGAGGUCCUCUUUCCAAGGACGUGCUUUUGGCGAACGAGGCCAUAUACCGCGAGCUGCAUAAAGAGGAGAGCAAUGCAUCUGGAAAUGGCCAGGGCGGGAUUCCAGCAACGUUUAGGAUUAUUUUUAUGAUUGGAUGGAAAGAAGGAGCAGGGCAGCGCCAGCCUUUGCAGAGGGGAAGCGGAGAUGUAAAUCUCAAGGAUAUUCUCGGGGGAGGGGACUUUGAACAAAAGUAG